CGUCAGGCACCAGGGGGAGGCGCUGUUUCACCAAGGUGAGCAGCAGGUUUGGAGCGGCUCUCUGACAGGCAGGCAGCUCCUCUGUUGUGGAAGAGAAACUCCUCCUUCCCGGUGACAGGCGGCAACGCCGAAGCCUCGCCUCGCCGUUUUCAACACAUUCUGGCCUCUGGACUUAAUACAGGAUCCCUCACAUCUCUUGAGCUGAAGGGGGCGAGCAGCCCUUUAAGGCAUCCAGUGCUGCUCUUUAAGAAUUCCUGCUGGUUGCUACUUGAUUAACUGCUCACUGGAAAGUGCAGUCCUCCACGCCUGGAUCCCAGGAUCGUCUCUCCUCCCAGAGCUGUCACAGUUACUACAACUCUAUCGAUGAAGACAGCAAGAAUAUGACUAUGCCGGACUUGGUCAGAACUAUGCGACCCGCUGUUAUGGAUGUAAAAAAAAGGACACAUUGAAUCACCUCUCAUCUAGUCACAAUGGUGCCCCUUAUGUUUCUGGUGGUAGCCACAACAACGUCCAAUUCGACAGGCAACGGCAACCAAACAAAAGAAGAUGUUACAUCCUCCAGCCACCACAUCCUUCCCACUGUGCUGGUCGUGCUCUUGCUGCUGAUCAUCAUCGCACUGCUGGCCUGGUAUUUCCUCAGGUUAAAAAACCAAAGGAAAGUGGUUGUCACAGCAGUUGACAAAAAAGUACCAAAUGGCAUCUUGGAGGAACAAGAGACUGGACACAUUACUGAGUCAUUAUCCAUCACUAUGCCAAAAGAGCAACAAACGGUGGUCCUUCUGCCAAGAUCCCAAUCAUCCUCCAAGACCUACGCCCCCAUCCCGGUCGAGCAACUGGAGGAAGAGUACAGACUCCGUUCAGCUGAUGAUGGAAAACUCUUCAGGGAGGAGUACAAUUCGUUGCCGGCAGGUAGUGCCCAGGGGACGUACGAGGAAGCCAACAAGAAUGAAAACAAGGAGAAAAACAGAUACCCCAACAUCCUUCCCUAUGAUAACUCCAGAGUGGUGCUGACUCAGCUGGAUGGAAACCCCUCUUCAGACUAUGUGAAUGCGUCUUUUGUUGAUGGUUACACUGAAAAACACAAAUUCAUAGCUGCACAAGGUCCAAAGGAAGACACCGUUGCAGAUUUCUGGAGGAUGGUUUGGGAGCAGAAGGUUGCAACUGUCGUCAUGCUGACGAAUUUAAAAGAAAGAAAAGAGGACAAGUGUCACCAAUACUGGCCAGAUCAGGGCUGUUGGACGUAUGGGAAUGUGAGGGUGGCCGUUGAAGACUUCACCGUCCUGGUGGACUACACUAUUCGAAAGUUCUGUGUACAAUAUCAAACCAGCGAGGCCGCCAAGACGUCGCGUCUGGUCACUCAGCUUCACUUUACCAGCUGGCCUGACUUCGGUGUUCCGUUCUCCCCCAUCGGAAUGCUUAAGUUCCUCAAAAAGGUCAAGGCAGUGAAUCCGCCCUUUUCUGGGCCUAUUGUGGUCCAUUGCAGCGCCGGUGUUGGGAGAACAGGAACCUUUAUUGUCAUAGACGCCAUGAUCGACAUGAUGCACGCCGAGCAGAAAAUCGACGUGUUUGGCUUCGUUUCUAGGAUACGAGAGCAGCGGUCGCAGCUCAUCCAGACAGAUAUGCAGUACUCAUUCGUCUACCAGGCCCUGCUCGAAUACUACCUCUACGGAGACACAGAGUUGGACGUGUCCACUCUAGAAGGACACCUGCACAAGCUGCACAACACCUUUGCAGACGGUGACCGGGUCGGCCUGGAGGAGGAGUUUAAAAAACUGACCAACAUGCGAAUAAUGAAGGAGAACAUGAGAACGGGGAACCUACCUGCCAACAUGAAGAAGAACCGAGUUCUUCAAAUAAUUCCAUAUGACUUUAAUAGAGUUAUUCUCUCAAUGAGACGAGGCCAAGAGUUCACGGAUUAUAUCAAUGCAUCAUUUAUAGACGGAUACAGACAGAAGGACUACUUCAUUGCCACACAAGGCCCUCUGUCUCACACUGUGGAGGACUUUUGGAGGAUGGUGUGGGAGUGGAAAUGUCACUCCAUUGUCAUGCUCACUGAGCUCCAGGAGAGGGAGCAGGACAAAUGUUUCCAGUAUUGGCCCACAGAAGACUCGGUCACCUAUGGAGAUUACAUUGUGGAGUUGAAAGGAGACACUCUGUGUGAAACUUUCAGUCUACGAGAUCUGGUACUAACCUUUGUUCCGGAGAAGCAGACGAGGACGAUCAGGCACUUUCAUUUCCACGGGUGGCCGGAGAUCGGCAUCCCCGCCGAGGGGAAAGGCAUGAUCGACAUCAUCGCCUCCGUGCAGAGGCAGCAGCAGCAGUCUGGGAACCAUCCCAUUGUCGUACACUGCAGUGCGGGUGCAGGGCGAACAGGUACGUUCAUUGCACUGAGUAACAUCUUGGAACGAGUCAAAGCGGAAGGCCUGAUGGACGUCUUUCAGACUGUGAAGAGUUUACGCAUGCAGAGGCCUCAUAUGGUCCAAACUGUGGAGCAAUAUGACUUCUGCUACAGGGUGGUACAAGACUUUGUUGACAUUUUUUCAGACUAUGCCAAUUUUAAAUGAUGAGAUUUGCCUUAAAACCUGUUUUUUAAUGUUCUUUUCUAAAGCUAUUUUCUUUUUUGUGGCCAAAUGAUCUUCUAUUUUGCUAUGCACUUGUCCAACUCCAGCUACAGUAUGAAAGAGGAUGAAGAAAAAAAAAGCUAAAAUAAUAAUGUAUAUGUUACCCCAUGUAUAUUAAAUUCCCUCAUCACAACGUGUUACAGUUUGUCUCUAAUUUUACUUUUAUUGUACAUGUUGUACCUUAAAUGUUUAUCUAAGUGUUAUUUUGGAGUGACAAGAUAUUUUUAAAAGUUGUAGGUAUUGUAAAUGUAUUUAUGUAUUGACAGUGACAUUCCUCUCUUGCUUGCUAAAAUAUGAUAUUAAUGUUUUUUUUCUAAUCUUAUUUGUAAAGAAAUAUCUGAACAACCUCUCGCUCUUUGGAUUGCUUUUGACAUUAAAGGAGAUAUUGAGGCUUACAUUUUUUUCACUUUUAACAAGAUUCAAGCCCAACAUGAAUGUAAUUGAAUAAUAAUUGAAUCAUUUCAACCGUAAUGUGUUAAUAAAUUUCACAUUGAAGAUGAGGGAUUCAGGCAGAUGUCUGUUCAGAGUCAUGAAAGCCCAUGAAACAAACUUUGUAACAUCAAUUUAUAAGAAAAACAUUCAACAUUGACACAAUAUUGCUUAAAUCUGCCUUUUUUCUGUGAGACAGCAGGAUGUAUUUUUGCUAAAAAUGACUGUACACCCUAAAGCACAUCAUCACAGAGACCUUUUGCUAAAAAACCUGUUAAAGAGAAAAACGUUUUUACUGCUUUAGUCAUAAAAGAGAUUUUUCACAAAUUAGUAUUAAAUCACAGAUUGAAGCAGAGAAAGGCCUAGAAAAAUGAUUUCGAAAGCUACACCACACAAACAUGAUGCCUUAGUGCCUGCUUUGAGCCAACAACAACAAUAGAACAAAUAGUCUUUUAUUCCUGAUGUUUUUUUUUUGCCAUUUUGUUGAUAAGAAAUUAAGAAAAUACUUUGGAAAGUAUUUGAAUGUUUAACAAUUUUUUUGUGUAUUUCCUUAAAGUUAGUGACUCCAUCUGGUACUCAGAUAUUAAAUUAUUUUUGGCUGUAUGUAAAUGCUAUGACAAAGUGCUAACGUGCUAUUCAGCAGGGAGCUGAAAUGAUCAUUUCUGGUCUUUCUUUGUGUGUACAUAAAGUAUUUGUGAGAGAUGUGAUGUGCAUUAAGCAGAGCAACAUGAGACUUUUUCACUGGACUUAUUUUCUGUCCGUGUGGUAAACCUCUGCAUCGUGAUGAAGGUCUGUUCGAACUGCAGCUCAUUGCCUUUGCUUUCUCUGUUGGUGGUCUAUCCAUUUUUAGACGCUGUCUUUAAAAUGCGAGUUGCAAUAUUAAAUUGACCUAAAAAUGCUGUGGUUGUCUGUGAAAUCUUUAUUAUUAAUAUUUUUUUUAAAUAUGGCUUUUUAUUCUUACGUUUUUAUAUCAGUGAUAAAUGUGUGAAAUAAUAUAAAUAGGAGAGAAAACAUUCAAGGCAAAACUUUUCUGUAGCUCAACACAACUGAAUCAGCCAGCAGGGGGCGACAUUUCAUACAUGUCAAAUGUUAGAUCAUCUUUACAUCCAAUCCCACUUUAAGAAAAGUUCCUAUUUAGAAAUUUUAUGUAUUAAAUGGGCUAAAUUAGUCCAAACAUAAAAUAAAAUAAUUGUCACUCGUGUAGACAAACUUUGCAGAAACAUGAGGAGAGUUAGUGGGAUUAUAACUCCAAAAUCAUCCACAAAAAAAAAAAAAA